AUGCCGGGUCCCAAGCCUUACCCCGCUCCUUUGGUGAUCGCACCUCUGAAGAGCAACCAACACACCCAUACAAUCAUUCUCCUCCACGGCCGUGGCAGAAAUGGUGAGCGCUUUGGCCAGGUCUUCCUCGAGUCAACUGACAUUGCGCGGCGUCUCCCAACAGUGAAGUUUGUCUUCCCCACCGCCAGGAAACGUCGCUCCACGGUUCUGAAAAGGAUCCCUAUCAACCAGUGGUUUGACAAUUACUCAUUGGAAGAUCCAAACAUCAGGACGGAAUUGCAGGUAGAUGGACUCGAGGAAAGUACCCGCUACCUGCGUGGGUUGAUUCAUGAAGAGGCACGGCUGUUAAAUGGAGAGCAUCGUCGCGUCAUCAUCGGGGGAUUAAGUCAAGGCUGUGCAACGUCUAUUUCCUGUCUUCUUGGGGGCUUCCCUGAAGAUGACAAGAUGAAGCCGCUUGGUGGAUUUAUUGGAAUGAGCGGGUGGCUGCCUUUUGAACAAGAGAUCUCGGGACUAUUAGGAUUUGAUGGAAGCGAAUCUGACCUUGAAGAUGAUGAUCCUUUCUCUCAUGAUGAUGAGGAUGGUGAGGAUGUCCCUGGGCAUAUCCAUGCGAUCAAUCAUAUUCGGGACGCUCUUAAUAUGCCGGCUUUGCAGCAGUCUUCCUUGUCCUAUUUAAAUACGCCUUUCUUCCUGGGACAUGGGUCGGCAGACCCGAAGGUAUCGGUGAACCUUGGGCAACGAAUGGCGUCUAUUCUUUCCGAUGGGUUUGGGAUGGAUGUGACCUGGAAAGCGUAUGAAGAGUUUGGACACUGGUAUAAAGUGCCAGACGAGAUCGAUGAUGUUGCGUAUUUUUUGAAGGAAAAGCUUGGGGUUCCGUGCGUCGAUAGACCCUGA